GUGCAGCACAUAAAACGUCGGGACAUCAUUCUGAAGCGGGAGCUGGGAGAAGGGGCCUUUGGGAAGGUGUUCCUGGCAGAGUGCUAUAACCUCAGCCCCACCAAGGACAAGAUGCUGGUGGCUGUCAAGGUAAGAGAUGAUCUCUCAGUUACACAGGGCCACCUCACUUUCCAGUUACAGCAGACCCCUCACAGAGGUCAGGGCCCCUCAGCGCUCAGUGUCUGAACUGUAUUAACUUGAUCCUUGAACGUCUCUUGGGGCCACCACACCUGCCAUGGGCAGGUGCCUCAACAAGAAGGAUUUGGAAACUUGGAUCGAUAAAAAUGUGUUUUUUUGCUGUAGUGUAGAUCGAUAAUCAUACUAAUGAUCAUUGAGGUCACUAUGAGUACCAUGUUGGUUGUCUCAUAUCAGACUGAGUGUAUGAGGCUCCAAUAUGAGGUGACAGUGCCCCAGUAUCUGUGCGUUAGAGAUGUCGAUGAUGAGUAUGACGUGUCUCCUCUCUAACGCACAGGCAGCUCAGAUUCAAACUCCCAUUAGACAGCUCUGCAAGUGUUAUGAUGUCAAAAUAUGUUUGUUACUCGCCAAAUAUGGAGAUUCGCUGAGCAACUAUCUUAAUUUACUCCCUAGCAACCGGAAAAAAAUCAUAUUCGGCACCUCCGAUAUAAAUCACUCAUUACUGCCACGCUCAGAUCGGAAGUCUACAACAGCUCAGUACAUUUGAGGUGCCGAAGAGGCAUUUUGUAUUUAGACCUUUUUUGGAUACUGGGGCAGGGUGACUGCAGCAGCUGACUAAUAGGUGAGAACAUUUCCCCCUGGAAGUCACGUUCAUAGCUAUAUACCUCAUUAGCAGGUUCACUUAACACAAUAUUAAACAUGUUUUACAUGCUGUACAGGUCAUUAUGGCUGACUUCAAUAUCAACUUUUGUGUCAAGAUUUUUUGUGUCACUUUUAGCUAAAGCUUCACUGUUGGAAUUAAGCUCAAUGGUGCUCAAUAUGAAAUAAAAGGCUAAUGAACUGUAGCAUUAACUGUAUAACAGACUGGUAGCUGGAACAAACAACUAUGAGCAUUAUGUACAACUGGUGGGCAUUAACCAUCUGGGUUCGCCUCUUCACUAACACACACACACACACACACACACACACAUACACACACACACACACACACACACACACACACACACACACACACACACACACACACACACACACACACACACACUAGUGCUGAGCAAUUAACCAAAAUAUAUGUUAAAAAAAUUAUAAUAAUCCUCUGAGCCAAGGAUAUUGAUCAAAUGAAUGGCGUUUUGUCAGGGUCCUUUAUAAAUAUGACUUAUUCAGUGAUUCCCUUAGCUUUAAAAAUAAAUAAAUGUGGCUGUCAUGGGAGGCAUGUUAAAAUAUAGCUGCUUGUUAGUGAGGCUUAAGGGUGAUCAUAGAUCUCCUGAUCCUAAAUAGGUCUCAGUGGGUUUGAUGGCAGCAGUAAGAUCUGUCAUUCAACCAGGGCCAUAUGGUGUACCUUGUUACAAUGGUACACAGAGAGAAUGGAGGCGUUGAAUGUUCAGCGAUCAAUAUUUAUGUGACUUUAGAGGACUGCUCCUGGAUUGCAGUUGGGGCAUAAUUGAGGUGGUAGCCACCAAACAGCUUGUUUACCUAUUAUGUUUGUUCACACAUUUACAACCCAUUAUUACAAGGGUAUAGAUUUUCACAGCUUCAAGGUUAAUCAGGUCUAUUGGGAUUGUGUUUUAUCAGCCCUAGUUGAUGCAGACACCUGUUUAUAACAACAUCCAUUUUAAAGGCCCAGUGCAGUCAAACUAGAUUUUCCUGUGUAUUAUAUAUAUUUACACCCUAUGAGAUUGGAAUAAUACUGUGACAUUGUGAAAAUUAUGAUAAUGCCCUUUUAGUGUUAUUUGAAAAGAUCUGCAAAAAUGUCAGCCUGUUUUGGUGGGAUGGAGUAACAUCACCAGGCGGUAAAUUAGUUAAUAGACCAUUAAGAAAGAGAGUUCCAAACCUCUCUGGCAAUAACAUCUAGUUUUCAGUUUUCCCCUCCCCACUCAGACCACUCCCAGACAGAACUAGCAAAAUUCUUGCUUGAGAAAUUGCUCUUUGCUAAGAAGCUGUUUUUGUUUCUUUUUGACCAUUUUAAUUGAAAACAAUCUGCCAAGUGCACUGUUGACACUUUUAGGGAUGCUUUUUCAAGAUUUCUUGAACUCGCUUUGAUACUUAAAAGAGAAUUAGCCUAGAUUUGAUACAAUAACAGAGAUCAUAUACUGUAACUAGAUGUGUCUACGGUGCUGCUUAUAACUAGUAUGUAACACUGAUAAUAUAUCUUAAAGGUUUUACAAUUAGACUGAAGAACUGGAGGAUUAUGGUUGAGAAACAGAACAUUACAGAAACCGUUUGUAAUCUGAAGGAGAGCAGUUUCAAUAGUUCAGCAUCUGUAUCAUUGACCAACGGGGUGAAACUAACUAAUUAAAUAUCAACCUCAAGAUAGCCGUAACUAAAUAAUGGUAAACUGAUAUUGCUUGAAUUAUGUUGAGGUCAAUACAAUCUCAAGAGACAUAGGCUAUAUUUCAAUAAAAACCACACCACUGCUCUGUCUAUAUGAUUCCCAGAAACUAGAAAGACAAGCUUCUCAAAAAAUCCCUAAUAAAAUGAACUUCUCAACCCCAAACAUUGCUUUGGGUUUGCUUAUUCAUCUAUAGACCUAUGAAUGGCAGCUCACAAAGUUGACUGGAAUCGACUCAGUAUUGUGGACAAUAGGAGAAAGCAAGGUGAAUACUGUGGAGGUGGUGUGGCUGGUGUGGGCCUGCAUAAUGUGAAUGGUUGGUUGUGAGGGAGGGUGGCAGAGAGAGUCUUCCUUUCACAGCGAGGUGAAACCCAUAUGUAGAUAGCAGCUGUGUUGGCUGUCAAGAGGAGGAACCAGGUCAAAACAAUCACAGUAAUGUACUAUUAAUAUUGAGAUCAAAAUGGGUGUAUUGGACCAUUUUAAGUUGUUAGUGCAAAAAGAGAUACAGUAUUCUCAUAAAAUAUAUUUUUUCCAGUUAAAAUCAUCACAAGAUAUUGGUAGCUGGUCACAUAACAUCACUGUGUCAAAUCCAUCCUGAAACACAGUGGGUCAUACUGUCACAAUCUCCUUGAAAUGAGAAGUGACUGUCAGUAAUUGUUGCGCUUAAUUUAUUACAUUUCAUGUAAAGAUUACGAUUGUAACCUCGGGUUCAAAUGCAAAUUUCACCUCUAACAUGACACUGGUUGAGGAUAUUAAAGUUCAAAGGUCAUACAAAGGUACCUAGAUCAGCUGCUGGAGGAGGGGUCACACUAUGAUGGUUGGAGACAAGUGGCACAUUCAUCACUAUUUCCCUCUUGUCACCAUCACUCUUCAUCAAGGCGCUCAUCCAUGGAAUGAUGUUAGCCAUGAUAGUGUGGAGGGAGCCACAGUGCAGAGGCAGGGGAAAGAGGCCAACCUUACAGAGACAGACUGCAGCUGGAGAAAUCAGGCUGUCUGUGAGGGAUGUUAGAUCAUCUCCCAAAAUGUUCUACUCCACAGAUGCUUUGAUUAUGAAUAAUGGAGGCAACACUGAGCUGGCUUUCUUUUGACUUGCUUUUUCUUUCUUCCUUUUCUUCACAUCCCCAGUCACCAGAGUGGAUCCUAUUGAAAUAGAUGCUGUACAAAUAUACAGGCGUGUAUGCUGUUGUUUUUUAACAUUGUAGGUUGUAUUUCAUGUUAGGUAAGAUUGCAACGUAAGCGCCACAGCAACAUAGCUACUUAUAUUUCAUCUUAUGUUAUAUAUAGGUUAUAAUGGAAUGUCAGAAUAUAUAUGUGUAGGUCUACAAUUCUAGGACACUACCAGUAAAGCUGUUUUGUCUGUGUGUCGGCUCUCUAGUAUGUCCUGUAUAUUCAGGUGGACUCUGAGGACACAGCACUCUACUGCAGCACAGGGGUCAUAAGCAUCCGGGAGGAUGGGGAUGGAUGCCUUGCCAUCUGUCCAUGGGCACUGCCAUCCAUUCUAAUUCCCCUCUGCAUUUGUGAUAUAAGGGAAUAUCUAUAUGUGGAAUAUCUACCCACAUGUACAUAUUACCUCAACUACCUCAACUAGCCAGGUGCCCCCGCACAUUGACUCUGCACCGGUACCCCCCUGUAUAUAGCCUCCCUACUGUUAUUUUAUUUUACUUCUUCUCUUUUUUUUUCUCAACACUUUUUGUUGUUGUUGUUUUAUUUUACUUUUUUAUUAAGAAAUAAAUGCAUUGUUUGUUAAGGGCUGUAAGUAAGCAUUUCACGGUAAUGUUUACACCUGUUGUAUUCGGCGCAUGUGGCAAAUAAAAUUUGAUUUGAUUUGAAUUCAAAAUUGUAUAAAACAUUAGCAAAACCUUGUGAUCAACCUUGUGAUCAAUGAUAUCUAUCAUUGUUGAAUCAUAUAUCGCCUAUAUACAGUAUAUUGCCUAUAUAUAACUAUCUGUCAAAUAAUUUCAUACAGUAAGGCAAUGUUAAUUAUAUGCAAUUAAUAGUGUGUUAAGAAUGCUAUGAAUUAUUAUGUUUUAGCUGUGGUGUUGUUGUUGCGGACUUUACAUAAGUGGAGGAUUGUAUCGUCAACAUCUCCGGAAAAAAGUAAUUUUAGUUCCGAACAUUAGUUUUAGCUACAAAAUAAAUAAAACAUUUUAUGGAAAAGCACCCAGGAGUUACUGCUUGGCAGUCGUCCCAGAUGCAAUAAGGAGCUAAUCCUACCUUUUACAGUUGGUGGAUCAGAGGGAGACAAGACAUUGAGUGUAAAUGCCAACUAUUUCAUAGGUGGGAAUUUAGGAAGGGGGUUUAUUUCCAGCCGAUAAGCUUGUCGAUAAUGAUACCAUAACUCUGAGCCAAUAUGGUAGGCAACCACAACGUCUAGAUCUGGUGAGGCACGCACAUCUCUUAUCACAGCUCUAUAAUGAAAUGUCAGACUGUGUAUAUGGGACACAUAAUGAAGUAAAUAACUAAAUGAUCUGCUUCUGUAAAUCUAUGAGGUUUGCCGGGUCAUUGUGACAACCUGUCAGAGAAAUGUUUAUUUCAUGUUCUGCUCCUCAAAUGGGAAGAUUACAAUGCUUUACCUCCCCUGCUCCAUUUAUUACCCUGUCUCUGUUCUGUUCGCACCAGCCAGGUUAUUGUGUGUGUGUGUGUGUGUGUGUGUGUGUGUGUGUGUGUGUGUGUGUGUGUGUGUGUGGACGUGUUUAACUAUUCUUGUGGGGACCAGUUGUCCCCACAAGAAUAGUAAACAAACAAACAUUUGACCAGCUGGGGACAUUUUGUUAGUCCCCACGAGGUCAGAUGCUAUUUCUAGGUGGUUUAGGGUUAAGGUUAGAAUUAGUGUUAAGGUUAGAAUUAUGCUAAGGGUAAAGGUUAGGAGCUAGGGUUAGUUUUAAAGUUAGGAGCUAUGUUUAGGUUUAGGGUUAAGGUUAGGUUUUUGGGUUAGGGUUAGCGUAAGAGUACGGGUUAGGGUUAGGGUUGGGUUAGGGGUUAGGGAAAAUAGGAUUUUGAAUGGGACUGAAUUGUGUGUUUCCACAAGGUUAGCUAUACAAGACUGUGUGUGUGUGUGUGUGUGUGUGUGUGUGUUUGGAUGUUAGUGUUUAUCUACGGUUCAUUGUUAGGAAGCCCAAUUAUUAAUUUCUUUCUUCAGUUUCUUUGAGAAAUAUAACUAAUCUCCCAGUUAUCAAAUAUUUUCCAUUAAUUUAGGAGAUAAAUAAAAUGAAAUCAAAGUUUAUUGGUCUUGUAGACAGAUUUGUAGGUGUUAUCGCAGGUGCAGCGAAAUGCUUAUGUUUCUAGCUUCAACAGUGCAGUAAUAUCUAGCAAAACAAUACACACAUAAUCCCCCACCUCCCCAAAAAAUAGAAAUUAAGAAAUAUCAGAAGGAGCAAUAUCAGAAGGAGCAAUGUCAGAGUCCGGAAUAUAUACAGUUGAAGUCGGAAGUUUACAUACACCUUAGCCAAAUACAUUUAAACUCAGUUUUUCACAAUUCCUGACAUUUAAUCCUAGUAACCAUUCCCUGUUUUAGGUCAGUUAGGAUCACCACUUUAUUUUAAGAAUGUGAAAUGUCAGAAUAAUAGUAGAGAGAAUGAUUUAUUUAAGCUUUUAUUUCUUUCAUCACAUUCCCAGUGGGUCAGAAGUUUACAUACACUCAACUAGUUUUUGGUAGCAUUGCCUUUAAAUUGUUUAACUUGGGUCAAACGUUUCGGGUAGCCUUCCACAAGCUUCCCACAAUAAGUUGGGUGAAUUUUGGCCCAUUCCUCCUGACAGAGCUGGUGUAAAUGAGUCAGGUUUGUAGGCCUCCUUGCUCGCACACGCUUUCCCACACAUUUUCUAUAGGAUUGAGGUCAGAGCUUUGUGAUGGCCACUCCAAUACCUUGACUUUGUUGUCUUUAAGACAUUUUGCCACUACUUUGGAAGUAUGCUUGGGGUCAUUGACCCAUUUGCGACCAAGCUUUAACUAGGUCUGGCCAUGACCUAAGUGGCCGCAGCAAACUCAUUGUGAUAAUUUUUCCAUUUACAGUUGAAGUCGGAAGUUUACAUACACCUUAGCCAAAUACAUAAAAACAUUCCAUGUCUUAGGUCAGUUAGGAUCACCACUUAAGGACUUUGUUGUCCUUAAGCCAUUUUGCCACAACUUUGGAAGUAUGCUUGGGGUCGUUGUCCAUUUGGAAGACCUAUUUGAGACCAAGCUUUAACUUCCUGACUGAUGUCUUGAGAUGUUGCUUCAAUAUAUCCACAUAAUUUUCCUUCCUCAUGAUGCCAUCUAUUUUGUGAAGUGCACCAGUCCCUCCUGCAGCAAAGCACCCCCACAGCAUGAUGCUGCCACCCCCGUGCUUCACGUUUGGGAUGGUAUCUCCCGAGUGGCGCAGUGGUCUAAGGCACUAGAGAUCCUGGUUUGAAUCCAGGCUCUGUCGUAGGAAUCCAGAUUCCAGGCUCAACCGGGAGACCCAUGGGCCGGCGCACAAUUGGCCCAGUGUCGUCCAGGGUAGGGGAGGGAAUGGCCGGCAGGGAUGUAGCUCAGUUGGUAGAGCAUGGUGUUGCAACGGCAGGGUUGUGGGUUCGAUUCCCACGGGGGGCCAGUAUGAAAAAUUAUAAAAUAAUGUAUGCACACACUAACUGUAAGUUGCUCUGGAUAAGAGCGUCUGCUAAAUGACUAAAAUGUAAUGUAAAUGUAAUGUAAAAUGUGUUCUUCAGCUUGCAAGCAACCCCCUUUUUCCUCCAAACAUAACGACGGUCAGUAUGGCCAAACAGUUUUAUUUUUGUUUCAUCAGACCAGAGGACAUUUCUCCAAAAAGUAUGAUCUUUGUCCCCAUGUGCAGUUGCAAACCGUCGUCUGGCUUUUUUAUGGCGGUUUUGGAGCAGUGGCUUCUUCCUUGCUGAGCGGCCUUUCAGGUUAUGUCGAUAUAGGACUCGUUUUACUGUGGAUAUAGAUACUUUUGCACCUGUUUCCUGUAGCAUCUUCACAAGGUCCUUUGCUGUUGUUCUGGGAUUGAUUUGCACUUUUCGCACCAAAGUACGUUCAUCUCUAGGAGACAGAACGCGUCUCCUUCCUGAGCGGUAUGAUGGCUGCGUGGUCCCAUGGUGUUUAUACUUGCGUACUAUUAUUUGUACAGAUGAACGUGGUACCUUCAGGCGUUUGGAAAUUGCUCCCAAGGAUGAACCAGACUUGUGUAGGUCUACAAAUUUUUUUCUGAGGUCUUGGCUGAUUUAUUUUGAUUUUCCCAUAAUGUCAAGCAAAGAGACACUGAGUUUGAAACUAGGCCUUGAAAUACAUCCACAGGCCACUCCAAUACCUCUCCCGAGUGGUGCAGUGGUCUAAGGCACUGCAUCGCAGUGCUAGCUGUGCCACUAGAGAUCCUGGUUCAAACCCAGGCUCUGUCGUAGCCGGCCACGACCGGGAGACCCAUGGGGCGGCGCACAAGUCGUCCAGGGUAGGGGAGGGAAUGGCCGGCAGGGAUGUAGAGCAUGGCGUUUGCAACGCCAGGGUUGUGGGUUCGAUUCCCACGGGGGGCCAGUAUGAGAAAAAAAAAACAUUAAAAAAAAAAAAAAACAUUAAAAAAAGAUAAGAGCGUCUGCUAAAUGACUAAAAUGUAAUGUACACCUCAAAUUAUGUCAAUUAGCUGGAAUUUUCCAAGCUGUUUAAAAGCACAGUCAACUUAGUGUAUGUAAACUUCUGACCCACUGGAAUUGUGAUACAGUGAAUUAUAAGUGAAAUAAUCUGUCUGUAAACAAUUGUUGGAAAAAUUACUUGUGUCAUGCACAAAGUAGAUGUCCUAACCAACUUGCCAAAACUAUAUUUUGUUAACAAGAAAAUGAAAAGUUUUAAUGACUCCAACCUAAGUGUAUGUAAACCUCAGACUCAACUGUAUAUACACUGCUCAAAAAAAUAAAGGGAACACUUAAACAACACAAUGUAACUCCAAGUCAAUCACACUUCUGUGAAAUCAAACUGUCCACUUAGGAAGCAACACUGAUUGACAAUACAUUUCACAUGCUGUUGUGCAAAUGGAAUAGACAACUUGUGGAAAUUAUAGGCAAUUAGCAAGACACCCCCAAUAAAGGACUGGUUUUGCAGGUGGUGACCACAGACCACUUCUCAGUUCCUAUGCUUCCUGGCUGAUGUUUUGGUCACUUUUGAAUGCUGGCGGUGCUUUCACUCUAGUGGUAGCAUGAGACGGAGUCUACAACCCACACAAGUGGCUCAGGUAGUGCAGCUCAUCCAGGAUGGCACAUCAAUGCGAGCUGUGGCAAGAAGGUUUGCUGUGUCUGUCAGCGUAGUGUCCAGAGCAUGGAGGCGCUACCAGGAGACAGGCCAGUACAUCAGGAGACAUGGAGGAGGCCGUAGGAGGGCAACAACCCAGCAGCAGGACUGCUACCUCCGCCUUUGUGCAAGGAGGAGCAGGAUGAGCACUGCCAGAGCCCUGCAAAAUGACCUCCAGCAGGCCACAAAUGUGCAUGUGUCCGCUCAAACGGUCAGAAACAGACUCCAUGAGGGUGGUAUGAGAGCCCGACGUCCACAGGUGGGGGUUGUGCUUACAGCCCAACACCGUGCAGGACAUUUGGCAUUUGCCAGAGAACACCAAGAUUGGCAAAUUCGCCACUGGCGCCCUGUGCUCUUCACAGUUGAAAGCAGGUUCACACUGAGCACGUGACAGACGUGACAGAGUCUGGAGACGCCGUGGAGAAUGUUCUGCUGCCUGCAACAUCCUCCAGCAUGACCGGUUUGGCGGUGGGUCAGUCAUGGUGUGGGGUGGCAUUUCUUUGGGGGGGCCGCACAGCCCUCCAUGUGCUCGCCAGAGGUAGCCUGACUGCCAUUAGGUACCGAGAUGAGAUCCUCAGAUCCCUUGUGAGACCAUAUGCUGGUGCGGUUGGUCCUGGGUUCCUCCUAAUGCAAGACAAUGCUGGACUUCAUGUGGCUGGAGUGUGUCAGCAGUUCCUGCAAGAGGAAGGCAUUGAUGCUAUGGACUGGCCUGCCCGUUCCCCAGACCUGAAUCCAAUUGAGCACAUCUGGGACAUCAUGUCUCGCUCCAUCCACCAACGCCACGUUGCACCACAGACAGUCCAGGAGUUGGUGGAUGCUUUAGUCCAGGUCUGGGAGGCGAUCCCUCAGGAGACCAUCCGCCACCUCAUCAGGAGCAUGCCCAGGCGUUUUAGGGAGGUCAUACAGGCACAUGGAGGCCACACGCACUACUGAGCCUCAUUUUGACUUGUUUUAAGGACAUUACAUCAAAGUUGGAUCAGCCUGUAGUGUGGUUUUCCACUUUAAUUUUGAGGGUGACUCCAAAUCCAGACCUCCAUUGCUUGAUACAUUUGAUUUCCAUUGAUUAUUUUUGUGUGAUUUUGUUGUCAGCACAUUCAACUAUGUAAAGAAAAAAGUAUUUAAUAAGAUUAUUUCAUUCAUUCAGAUCUAGGAUGUGUUAUUUUAGUGUUCCCUUUAUUUUUUUGAGCAGUGUAUAUAUAUAUAUAUAUAUAUAUAUAUAUAUAUAUAUAUAUACAGUGGGGAGGACAAGUAUUUGAUACACUGCCGAUUUUGCAGGUUUUCCUACUUACAAAGCAUGUAGAGGUCUGUCAUUUUUAUCAUAGGUAGACUUCAACUGUGAGAGACGGAAUCUAAAACAAAAAUCCAGAAAAUCACAUUGUAUGUUUUUAAGUAAUUAAUUUGCAUUUUAUUGCAUGACAUAAGUAUUUGAUACAUCAGAAAAGCAUAACUUAAUAUUUGGUACAGAAACCUUUUUUUGCAAUUACAGAGAUCAUACGUUUCCUGUAGGUCUUGACCAGGUUUGCACACACUGCAGCAGGGAUUUUGGCCCAUUCCUCCAUACAGACCUUCUCCAGAUCCUUCAGGUUUCGGGGCUGUCGCUGGGCAAUACGGACUUUCAGCUCCCUCCAAAGAUUUUCUAUUGGGUUCAGGUCUGGAGACUGGCUAGGCCACUCCAGGACCUUGAGAUGCUUCUUACGGAGCCACUCCUUAGUUGCCCUGGCUGUGUGUUUCGGGUCGUUGUCAUGCUGGAAGACCCAGCCACGACCCAUCUUCAAUGCUCUUACUGAGGGAAGGAGAUUGUUGGCCAAGAUCUCGCAACACAUGGCCCCAUCCAUCCUCCCCUCAAUACGGUGCAGUCGUCCUGUCCCCUUUGCAGAAAAGGUGCAGUCGUCCCCAAGAACACAGUGGCCUCCAUCAGUCUUAAAUGGAAGAAGUUUGGAACCACCAAUACUCUUCCUAGAGCUGGCUGCCUGGCCAAACUGAGCAAUCGGGGGAGAAGGGCCUUGGUCAGGGAGGUGACCAAGAACCCAAUGGUCACUCUGACAGAGCUCUAGAUUUCCUCUGUGGAGAUGGGAGAACCUUCCAGAAGGACAACCAUCUCUCCACCAAUCAGGCCUUUAUGGUAGAGUGGCCAGACGGAAGCCACUCCUCAGUAAAAGGCACAUGACAUCCCGCUUGGAGUUUGCCAGAAGGCAUCUAAAGACUCUCAGACCAUGAGAAACAAGAUUAUCUGGUCUAAUGAAACCAAUAAUGAACUCUUUGGCCUGAAUGCCAAGCGUCACUUCUGGAGGAAACCUUGCACCAUCCCUACGGUGAAGCAUGGUGAAGGCAACAUCAUGCUGUGUGGAUGUUUUUCAGCAGCAGGGACUGGGAGACUAGUCAGGAUCGAGGAAAAGAUUAAUGGAGCAAAGUACAGAGAGAUCCUUGAUGAAAACCAGCUCCAGAGCGCUCCGGACCUCAGACUGAGGCGAAGGUUCACCUUCCAACAGGACAACGACCCUAAGCACACAGCCAAGACAACGCAGGAGUGGCUUCAGGACAAGUCUCUGAAUGUCCUUGAGUGGCCCAGCCAGAGCCCGGACUUGAACCUGAUCGAACAUCUCUGGAGAGACCUGAAAAUAGCUGUGCAGCAACGCUCCCCAUCCAACCUGACAGAGCUUGAGAGGAUCUGCAGAGAAGAAUGGGAGAAACCCCCCAAAUACAGGUGUGCCAAGCUUGUAGCGUCAUACCCAAGAAGACUCUAGGCUGUAAUCGCUGCCAAAGGUGCUUCAACAAAGUACUGAGUAAAUGGUCUGCAAAUGUGAUAUUUCUUUUAAUAAAUUAGCUAAAAUGUCUAAAAACCUGUUUUUGCUUUGUCAUUAUGGAGUAUUGUGUGUAGAUUGAUGAGGGAAAAAAUACAAUUCAAUCAGUUUUAGAAUAAGGUUGUAACCUAACAAAAUGUGGAAAAAGUCAAGGGGUCUGAAUAAUUUCCGAAUGCACUGUAUGUACAUAGGGCACUAGCAGUCUCUAAAGUGCAGGGUAGAAUACCGGAUGGUAGCCGGCUAGUGACAAUGUCUAAGGUCACUUUUCCUCUCUAUAUCCACAGUCUAAUAAUGUUGUUGUAACAGUAUCAUACUUUGCUAAGCAGUUAAAAUAAACCCUUGUACUCCUCAGACCCUGAAGGACUCCACCCUUGUAUUUUCUCAGACGCUGAAAGACCCCACCCUUGCAGCGAGAAAAGAUUUCCAGAGGGAGGCGGAACUAUUGACCAACCUGCAGCACGAGCACAUUGUCAAGUUCUACGGUGUGUGUGUGGAUGGAGACCCCCUUAUCAUGGUCUUUGAGUACAUGAAGCACGGAGACCUCAAUAAGUUCCUCAGGUAAGCUGUGUAAACUAAAUGCACAAUAAGAUGCACAAUAAUAUGUGCUCAACUCUUACUAAGUUCAGUAAAUUAGUAUUUGGGUGCUGUAGCCCAGGAGUAAUACAAGCUGCCAACUGAGAAAUACUUUUCUGGUGUGUGUUGGUGGAAGUUAAAGUUUACUCAGCUGAAUAAAGCAGCGAAUUGUGUAGGAAAAGUAAGACGUGCUCAACUCUUGCUCAGUUCUGUCUUUGGGUGCUGUAGCCCAGGAGUACAAGCUGUCAACUGAGAAACAGACUUUUCUGAUAUGUGCUGUUGGAAUUGCUAAGUUUACUCAGUUGAAUAAAGCAGAGACGUGUGGGAUAAGCAAGACGUGCUCAACUCUUAUGUCUAUAAAUGUGUCUUUGGUGUAGCCUAUGAGUUAUAAAAGCUGUCAACUGAGAAACAUACUUUAUAUAUCUAAAAUGUAAAAUGUAAAUAUAUGUGUUUUUGGAAUUGUGGAAUUUACUCAGCUUAAUUGAGACGUGUGUGGAAGCAUCUCCCCCUGUUUACCAACCACACAAUGUCUGUAGACUCAACAAUUAAUGGCAGGCUGACUGCACCCCACUAAUGAUUUACUGGUCCACAGUACGCUAACCUGAAUAAUUAUCCUCAGUAUUAGAGUUAACGUCAUACAAUAAAUCCUUUGGCCAGCAAUAUAAUAGAUGUGAUCAUUUCCAAAGAUGAAACCAGUUCCUGUCUAUUUCCUAAUAAGUUCUAAAUGUAGUGUAGUAGAUCGGCCACAACCCUGCAGUUUCACUGCAAGCAUCAGGCUGUGAUUGAUGGAUUGCUUCCCCUCAGAGGAAUGUUGUAGCGUACAAGAAACAGGAGGGGUAAUAAAAUGUUUGUGUUGUUUUCCACUAGACCUGUCACCCAGUACCAGCAGCAGCGACUUCCUAUUCGCUACACUGUAGAUUAAGUAGAGAUAACCUGUUUGUGUAAAACCACAAAACGCUGUGUGUAAUGGCAGUCUGCUGACUGAGCCUCCACGGACUAGGGAAACUGUGACUCAGAAUUCAAAUGAGAUGGCUGAUCUCCUUUUUGAUUGGAUGUUAUUGAGCCCCUGGAUGCUUGGCAGUGGCAGGGAACAGUGGUGCUCAAUAGCAGAGGCAGAGCAGGCAGACGUCUAUUGCUUGCUGAUGGCUUUAUAGAUGCAAAUGUCAUGACAGUUAUAGCAUAUCUAUUCAAUUGUUCUGCAUUCAUUCAUACAGAGGAGCUCUUGUUGGUUUUGCACAUAGAGGCCCUGGUACAGUAAUGAUAUGGCCCAUGUUCCUGUUUCAAUUAAAGGUUGAAUGUAAAACACCAUGCAUCUAAUGUCUAAUCCAUUACAACUGAAGAACAUACCACUGUCAUAUGCUAUGCAGAGUUAUAAUCCAUUAUAAAAUGUAAUGUGGAGUAAGAAUAUGGUGAUUGAGAUAAGAUUCCCGCUCCCUCCUGCCCGCCCUCCCUGCCUCCCUCCCUUAUUUCCCCAUCCACAGAGCUCAUGGGCCUGAUGCGUUGAUCCUGGUUGACGGACAGUCGCUGCAGACCAAUGGGGAGCUGGGCCUGUCUCAGACGCUGCACAUUGCCACUCAGAUCGCCGCGGGGAUGAUGUACCUGGCCUCCCAGCACUUUGUGCACCGUGAUUUAGCCACUCGGAACUGCCUGGUAGGAAACGGCCUGCUGGUGAAGAUUGGUGACUUUGGAAUGUCCAGGGACAUCUACAGCACGGACUACUACCGGGUAAGCACCUAUGUAUGUUGCAUAAUAAAAUAUUUGUUCCAUAUUAUUCAUGUAUUGUAAGUACCUUCAUAAUCAAGCUAAUCUAAGGAUGUCUUUCGGUGACAAACUCAGUGUUUUUGCUUUAGAGAACAGGUGGUGUUUUGACACAGUAGCUGGAUGGUGUAGUGUUCACCCUGCAUUCACCUGCUUUCCUCAUGAUUAUGUGUUAUCUUUUCCUUUAUUGAUGCCUGAACUCUUUACCUUUACUAACGCCAGGAAAUGUACAAGAAAAGUGAUGCAUGCUCAGUAUUCACCCCCUUUGGCAUUUUUCCUAUUAUGUUGCCUUACAACCUAGAAUUAAAAUGUAUUUUUUGGGGGUUUGUAUCAUUUGAUUUACAAAACAUGCCUACCACUUGGAAGAUGCAACACAUUUUUUCAUUGUGAAAAAAACAAGAAAUAAGACAAAAAAAACAGAACUUGAGCGUGCAUAACUAUUCACCCCCCCCCCCCCCCCCCCCCCCCCCCCCCCAAAGUCAAUACUUUGUAGAGCCACCUUUUGCAUCAAUUACAGCUGCAAGUCUCUUGGGGUAUGUCUCUAUAAGCUUGGCACAUCUAGCCACUGGGAUUUUUGCCCAUUCUUCAAGGCAAAACUGCUCCAGCUCCUUCAAGUUGGAUGGGUUCCGCUGGUGUACAGCAAACUUUAAGUCAUACCACAGAUUCUCAAUUGGAUUGAGGUCUGGGCUUUGACUAGGCCAUUCCAAGACAUUUAAAUGUUCCCCUUAAACCACUCGAGUUUUGCUUUAGCAGUAUGCUUAGGGUCAUUGUCAUGCUGGAAGGUGAACCUCCGUCCCAGUCUCAAAUCUCUGGAAGACUGAAACAGGUUUCCCUCAAGAAUUUCCCUGUAUUUAGCACCAUCCAUCAUUCCUUCAAUUCUGACCAGUUUCCAAGUCCCUGCCGAUGAAAAACAUCCCCACAGCAUGAUGCUGCCACCACCAUGCUUCACUGUGGGGAUGAUGUUCUCGGGGUGAUGAGAGGUGUUGGGUUUGCACCAGACAUAGCGUUUUCCUUGAAGGACAAAAAGCUCAAUUUUAGUCUAAUCUAAUCAGAGUACCUUCUUCCAUAUGUUUGGGGAGUCUCCCACAUGCCUUUUGGCGAACACCAAACGUUUUUCUUAUUUUUUUUCUUUAAGCAAUGGCUUUUUUCUGGACACUCUUCCAUAAAGCCCAGCUCUGUUGAGUGUACGGCUUAAUGUGGUCCUAUUGACAGAUACUCCAAUCACCGCUGUGGAGCUUUGCAGCUCCUUCAGGGUUAUCUUUGGUCUCUUUGUUGCCUCUCUGAUUAAUGCUGUCCUUGCCUGGUCCUUGAGUUUUGGUGGGCGGCCCUCUCUUGGCAGGUUUAUUGUGGUGCCAUAUUCUUUCAAUUUUUUUAUAAUGGAUUUAAUGGAGCUCCGUGUGAUGUUCAAAGUUUCUGAUAUUUUUUUAUUACACAACCCUGAUCUGUACUUCUCCACAACUUUGUCCCUGUCCUGUUUGGAGAGCUCCUUUGUCUUCAUGGUGCCGCUUGCUUGGUGGUGCCCCUUGCUUAGUGGUGUUGCAGACUCUGGGGCAUUUCAGAACAGGUGUAUAUAUACUGAGAUCAUGUGACAGAUCAUGUGACACUUAGCUUGCACACAGGUGGACUUUAUUUAACUAAUUAUGUGACUUCUGAAGGUAAUUGGUUGCACCAGAUCUUAUUUAGGGGCUUUAUAGCAAAGGGGGUGAAUACAUAUGCACGCACCACUUUUCCGUUAUUUCUUUUUUAUAAUUUUUUGAUUCAAGUUAUUUUUUUCAUUUCAUUUCACCAAUUUGGACUAUUUUGUGUAUGUCCAUUACAUGAAAUCCAAAUAAAAAUCAAUUUAAAUUACAGGUUGUAAUGCAACAAAAUAUGAAAAAAACGCCAAUGGGGAUGAAUACUUUUGCAAGACACUGUAAUGAUGUCUAUUGGGUCGUUCUACGAAUAGAGUGCCUUUUGUGUCCCUUUGAUAUUUUAUGUAGAAUUUAUCCACCAAUAUUUAAUUUUAAAAGCCUGUUAUAUUAAAGGAAGUGUCCUUUAAUAUAGACAACAUGGAAAAUUCAAUAAUUCAGAUUUUUUAUAUGACUUGCCCAUAGAUAGAUAGUCUAGAAAUGUUUCAACAAUUUCAAUUGUUUUGUGAAGCUUGUAUUCAAUUGACACCAUACACAACAAGCUUCUAUUCCUCCUGUCACAAUUGGAUUUAUGGCUGAUUUAAGAUGAAAAUGUUACAGUCAACCAUGUUACUUUAUUUGGCACAUAGCAGACACUUACUAUAGUCCUUUUUUUAUUUAACCUCUUGAGAAGGGAAAACAUGUUUUUUAUUAAGUUGAAAGUGUGCUCUUUAUGACAGAAUGUUAAAAUUAGGUGAACUUCACCAAGUUACACUACCCAAAAGGUACUCAAUUGGUGUAAUGACCCUAUUAUUAAACAUGUAUCAGGUGUAGGGCAGAACCAUUCUUGCUGUAUUCUUUUGCAUUCUUGUCUUGGAGACACGGUGACCAGACUGAAUAUAGAGCUCUUAUCCAAGUUGAUAAGGGAGUUGCUGAAGCUGUGCUGGCAUCACAAAGGGAUUAUUACUGUGGUACAUCGGAUUUUCACUAGAUACAGUCUGUAAUUGCCAUUGUGGAAAAUAUGUUACAUUUGCAAUAAAUGUAAAAUAGUCCAUUGAGUCGCCUCCCACUUAAUGUAUUCUGCAGGCUACUUUUCCUAAGUGGUACCUCUAAUGGCUGAUUUCACUUUACAACAAGCAGCUCAGUAAAAUACAUGUAUCAAUAAGGUGUCUAGGAGACCAGGAAGUGAUGUAAAUUAAGGCACUGUGCUUGACUUUCACUGUGCAAUUACUGUUCCAACCGCUUCUGCUCUUUACUGCAACAGCUUUCAUGUUGCUUUUCUCCUUUUAGAUACUAACACGAGUAAGUUAUAGUAAGAAAAUAAAAUCAGAGAAAAGUGAUGUGAUCAGAAAGAUUAGUUUUAUUUUCAUCGGCAUACAGGUACAGAUGGUAAUUAGUGGAGUAGCCUGUGAGAGAGAGAUGUCUGAUUCACCAACAGACUACUAACAGGUCUGCUGGACUGCCCCCUAUUGGUAUGUUGGUCUGAAAAUGAACUGUGGGCCUUGGCCAUUUUAGGCCUGGGCAUCUCUGCCAGAACAGACCUGCUGUAUGGUCCACUGACAGAGAGAUAAGAGGUCGUAACUGCAUUGGACACAUUCCCUUUUGUUGAGUGAUUAUAAAUUGGGGCGGCAGCCAGCAACACAUCUCCCUGACACUGCUCACAUAUUGACGUCCGCUCCUCUCCUCUCCUCAAGGAGAACCAAGAAAACUGCCCUCCAGGGAUAUGAUACAGUAAGCAAGAGCACGGUCUGAGCUGGGUUCUCACAGGCAGCAUAUCUGAUAGCCCCCAUCUGUAUAAUGAAAGUGAUGCCUGGGCUCCCCAAUGACAAAUUAGCUGUUGGUUCUCAGUCUGCAGGCAUGUCACUGUGUUUGUGAACUAAGGAGUGGACAAUGAAAACUUGAUAUCACAUCAUAGAGGAAUGCAUUUUGUAUUAUAUUAUAUAAUCAUACAGAAUCAAUUCUGAAUACCUGGUCACUGAAUAACUAACUAUACUGGGUCUGUAAUUACAUUACACCCCCUCAACAGCCACUGUUGGCAAGCUGCAAUGUUAAUCCAACAAUCCAAUGACAUUGUUCCAAGUAAGGAAAGGUAUAUACAGUGAGGGAAAGAAGUAUUUGAUCCCCUGCUGAUUUUGUACGUUUGAUCAUGUCUUUGUCAGUGGGCAGUCUAUAAUUUUAAUGGUAGGUUUAUUUGAACAGUGAGAGACAGAAUAGGGCGGCAGGUAGCUUAGUGGGUAAGAGCGUUGUGCCAGUAACCGAAAGGUCGCUGGUUCUAAUCCCCGAGCCGUCUAGGUGAAAAAUCUGUCGAUGUGCCCUUGAGCAAGGCACUUAACCCUAAUUGCUCCUGUAAGUCGCUCUGGAUAAGAGCGUCUGCUAAAUGACCCAAAAAAAAAAAAAAUGAAUAACAACAAAAAGAUCCAGACAAACGCAUGUCAAAAAUGUUAUACAUUGAUUUUUCAUUUUAAUGAGGGAAAUAAGUAUUUGACCCCUCUGCAAAACAUGACUUAGUACUUGGUGGCAAAACCCUUGUUGGCAAUCACAGAGGUCAGACGUUUCUUGUAGUUGGCCACCAGGUUUGCACAAAUCUCAGGAGGGAUUUUGUCCCACUCCUCUUUGCAGAUCUUCUCCAACACGAACCUUCAGCUCCCUCCACAGAUUUUCUAUGGGAUUAAGGUCUGGAGACUGGCUAGGCCACUCCAGGACCUUAAUGUGCUUCUUCUUGAGCCACUCCUUUGUUGCCUCGGCCGUGUGUUUUGGGUCAUUGUCACGCUGGAAUACCCAUCCACGACCCAUUUUCAAUGCCCUGGCUGAGGGAAGGAGGUUCUCACCCAAGAUUUGACGGUACAUGUCCCCGUCCAUCGUCCCUUUGAUGCAAUGAAGUUGUCCUGUCCCCUUAGCAGAAAAACACCCCCAAAGCAUAAUGUUUCCACCUCCAUGUUUGACGGUGGGGAUGGUGUUCUUGGGGUCAUAGGCAGCAUUCCUCCUCCUCCAAACACAGUGAGUUGAGUUGAUGCCAAAGAGCUCGAAUUUGGUCUCAUCUGACCACAACACUUUCACCCAGUUCUCCUCUGAAUCAUUCAGAUGUUCAUUGGCAAACUUCAGAGGGCCUGUAUAUGUGCUUUCUUGAGCAGGGGGACCUUGCGGGCGCUGCAGGAUUUCAGUCCUUCACGGCGUAGUGUGUUACCAAUUGUUUUCUUGGUGACUAUGGUCCCAGCUGCCUUGAGCUCAUUGACAAGAUCCUCCCGUGUAGUUCUGUGCUGAUUCCUCACCAUUCUCAUAAUCAUUGCAACUCCACGAGGUGAGAUCUUGCAUGGAGCCCCAGGCCGAGGGAGAUUGACAGUUCUUUUGUGUUUCUUCCAUUUGCAAAUAAUCGCACCAACUGUUGUCACCUUCUCACCAAGCUGCUUGGCGAUGGUCUUGUAGCCCAUUCCAGCCUUGUGUAGGUCUACAAUCUUGUCCCUGACAUCCUUGAAGAGUUCUUUGGUCUUGGCCAUGGUGGAGAGUUUGGAAUCUGAAUGAUUGAUUGCUUCUGUGGACAGGUGUCUUUUAUACAGGUAACAAGCUGAGAUUAGGAGCACUCCCUUUAAGAGUGUGCUCCUAAUCUCAGCUCAUUACCUGUAUAAAAGACAUCUGGGAGCCAGAAAUCUUUCUGAUUGAGAGGGGGUCAAAUACUUAUUUCCCUCAUUAAAAUGCAAAUCAAUUUAUAAAAUUUUUGACAUGCGUUUUUCUGGAUUUUUGUUGUUGUUAUUCUGUCUCUCACUGUUCAAAUAAACCUACCAUUAAAAUUAUAGACUGAUCAUUUCUUUGUCAGUGGGCAAACGUACAAAAUCAGCAGGGGAUCAAAUACCUCACUGUAGCAGCUCUGUUAUUAUGUUUAAUCUGCCUUUAGACUAACAACAACAUGGAUGGACAAUAUUGAAAAUGUAUUGACGGUUGCUUCAAUCAAUGCAUAUGUUAUCGUCAGUCUAUGAGUGUACAAAUUAGCAAUAUUUAAAUGUCUCUCUAUAUGCUAAUUCUGCUAUGCUUUGAGAUUGUGGUGGAGUUUUUGUCGUCACCCUGACAGUUUUAAUUUUGCUCCAAGGGAAGCCCACACUCUGAUUUAUAUGCUUCCACGGUCCGCCGUUCAACCCCAGACUGAAUUGAGGGCGGUGCUUGCCAGGGAGAAGCCAUUAAGAUUAAUUGAAAUUCAAUCAAUUCAUUUAAUCUCCCAACACACACAAACACAUAAACAAGUUCACAAAUACUCUGACUACGAGAAGCAGACCCAGUCCCCUAAGACAGACAGAGCUAGCGUAACAAACACAAAUCUGUCUUUCUAUGAAUAUUUCAAAUAUCAUAGCACCGUGGUAAGUUUUCAAAAACGGUAUGUGAAUUUGUAUCAUCCUCCUGUUCUCCUAUCUCUAUGUUGUGGACACCAGCCUGCAUUAUGGAGCGGUGUACCUGCUCAUGUAGUGCUACCAACAUUAGUCUGGUGAGGAACAAUCUGUCCACAUAAAGAAGUCAAUGAAUGGAAAGGGUGUCAGGUCAUUGCAGCAGGGAAACCAAUUCACUUCAGAGACCCUUACAAAUGUAGUAUGAAGGAGAAGUCUUAGGUAAUUCCCCGGGCAUUCCGACAUGUUCCCUGUCAAGUACUGAUUAUGAGGUAGGGCUGGGGUUGAAUCAGGAGAUGUGAUAGUAGGGUAGAGCUAUGGCGAAGGUGAUGUUUCAAGGUAAGACAAUUUAAGUUGAUGUUACAGUGAACAUUAGGGUUGUAGUGUGUGUAUUGUAUGAUAGACAAAUACCCCUUUCCCUAAUAGUCCUGGAAUGCAUUAAAACUCUUAGACCUGCUUUGGCUUCACAUUCUACUAUUGGAUACCCUUUUCUGCACAGUACGGACACACAUUUUAAAUCUGCAUCCCGCUUAUUUAUAAUUAGAUGUGGUUCAUUUAUAUGAUUGAACAUGAAUACAUUUGAUUUUUGAAACAGCCUUUUUUCUCUUUUCAGCUUGGGAGAAGAUCAGUAGAGUGUGGUAGUGGCGUUAGGGUUCCAUAUUCACACAGGCUUUAUGAGACGUGGUCCAGCAGACAUUUUACCAUAAUCUCAUUAAUAAACCUUCAUAAAUCUUAAAAAAGGAGAGCAGGCGUACGAGGAGGAGGAGGAGGAGGAGGAGGAGGGGGAGAAGGAAGGGGUGAGUAUGAUGGAGAUGUAAAACGGAACAACUUAUUAUAAUGUUCAGCAGGCCAAAUUUAACAAAGAUAAACCAACAAUACAUAAUCACCAGAAGGAAACUGACGCUAUAAUAUACUGUUAUUAUCGAUGGCAAACAUGGUAGACUGAUCCUUUAUAGCUACAGUGUCAGUAAUGUGGGAAUGUAAUGUAAUGUUAACUUAUUUGUAUUCACAUGCUCAGUCAAUACCUUGACCCAUAGUUAGUUCAGUGCUAAUGAGUUCUGUAAUUAAUAUGCAGCUACCACUUAAGAGUUGAAAGUAACAAUAAUCAGACAUCCCCUAUUAAAAUGUCACUCUUGUUCAACCCUUCCACGGAUAUGAUUAACACAGUGUAAUUGACAUGAAUAGGAAACAGAUUUAGAAACAAUCCAGUUGAGUUAAAGACAAGGGCACAGAGAAUUAAUGCCUCAUUGUUUUAAUCGAUUAAUAUCUGGCAGUGGGAAUGGGAAGGCUGAGGGGAAGACUUCAUUUAUGUUGCUGCAUGGCUUGAAGCUGUCAAACUUCUUUAAUUGAUCCUUUUUCCUUCCCUCUCUUGGCGCAAUCUUCUCUUCCUCCUCCCAGCUGAGCCUCAUUUGACUCUUCUUCAUCUUCUGUGUUACAGGGCUGUGUAGGUUUCCCUUCUUCUCAAAUAUUUCAUAAGAAAAAUAAAAGUUUAAAAUAAAUGACUGAAUAAAUAAAAUUAACUAGAAAAUACCAUUUUGAUGUUUUCAAAGUGUGUCUGCUGCAUGCCUUUCCGUGAAUAUGUAAUUCAAAAACUUUUUUAUUUACAGUUUCUUUGACAUUUUCUUUUUCAGUUGUUUUAAAUCCAGUUAGCCCAGGUCCAUAACAGGUGUGUGUCUGACGCUCUCUCAGAAGAUUAAAGCGAGGGCCUCUCAGUCGCGGAGCUCUAGAGAGGGGGAGCGUAGAGAUCUGCUCGAGUCGAUAGCAUCGCUUAGAUAGCUCUAUAUCUCUCUCUCUCUCUCUCUCUCUCUCUCUCUCUCUCUCUCUCUCUCUCUCUCUCUCUCUCUCUCUGUGUCUCUAGGUGGGAGGCCACACCAUGCUACCCAUCCGCUGGAUGCCCCCUGAGAGCAUAAUGUAUAGGAAGUUCACCACAGAGAGUGACGUGUGGAGCUUCGGUGUCAUCCUCUGGGAGAUCUUCACCUACGGGAAGCAGCCAUGGUUUCAACUGGCCAACAAUGAGGUACUGUAGCACACCCAUCUUUGUAUUCUGUUCUUUUUCUGCUAAACAGUAAUGAAAAUACGCAACAUAAACACAUGCAAUAAUGUGCAUUCGACAGUUGUUGCCUAGGACAAGACUACCAUCCAACAGUCACAUUUGUACUAACCACAUCAGUGGAUAACCAGGGCCAGUGAUUCAUAGCGCUCUUACUAAUCCCUAGAAUGGUGCAGUGUGAGAGAGGCUAAUUGGCGUAUUCUUAGAGUGGCUUUUGGGCUCAAUAUUGGACCAGAAGAGAAAUCAAUUAAAACAAAGAUGACAAGAGAGCAGCAGCUAAAUUAUAUUAGUGUGAGCUGAGAGUGUUGAAAUGAAAUCACUCCCACUUACACACACACAAGUCUUAUAGCCACCAUAAAUAUACAAGACAAGGGAUGGCAUGUGAGGUGAGCCACAGCCAUUUUACACCAGGCUCUCUAUCUAUAGAACAUAGAAGUAGUGAUGAUGUGCAGACAGCCACUGAAAUUCCUCUCAACCAACCACCAUAAAGACAUCACACUGUUGACAAUGACAGAAGCUAUGAAGGACCAUACUAAUUUGUGAGUUCAAUAGUCCACCAAACCAAUUCCACAAUUUUCUUAAAGGCGUGAUAAUUAAAAUGUCAGAACAACAAUGCCCCAGGUUCUAGCCAAACUUCAGCAUGUACAGUUUGACAGAGCCAUUGUUUAUAUAUUUGCUUGUCCCAUUACAUUGACACCUGAAAAGCAGCAUUAUGAAUCAAUCCUGAACCCAGCCAUAGGUAUAGAAACCAUAACCAGACUCCUAGACAGGUCUCGGCUGGGCUGCAGUCGGGGGGCUGUGGUGACUCACUGACUCAACGAACGCCUGUGGAAAGAGCCUUUAGGCUGCAGUUGUGCAGACAGCGCAUCACGCUGACUACAACACAGCCUCUCAAUGCUCCUAAAAUAGACCCAGAAAUAGACACAGACAGCAGAACAAAGAUACCAUACUCACCUGGAGUUGAUUUGUUUAACCCUACCUUUAAGUGGUCCUAUUUUUAGCUACAAAGGUCUCAUUAUAAUAUGUACCAAUACACACACCUACUAUCCAAUCAAAAUGAGCAGCAAAGCUAUAUAACAUGACAACAUCAACAACAUAACAUAAAACGCACAUGUGUGCUUCACUAGCAUGGCAAUCACAUUAUAAUCUUUGACCUGUUUGACACUGCACAGAGUGGAUGAAUUGGUAAUGAUUGGUCAUGUCGGGUUCCUUUGUGUGUGUGUCUGUGGAUGUGAACCUGAGGCAGUUAUUCUCAUAGCCAUUCAACAGAACACACCGAACAAACACAGAUCAAUACAACUCAUAGAGUCCCAAUUUCCCCCAAUAGCCCAGAGGGAUCACCUGCGAAAUGUCCCCAGAGCCAUAUAUUUCGAGAGUUAGGCCAACUUUAAGAAUUUUGAAUGUUCUUAUUCUAGACAUUCAGUUACAUAGCAUUGUUUAAGUAUUUCCCAUGUAAUGUUAAUGGGGAACGAACCAUAGAAUUAGGAAUUAGAAUACUAAUUAAUUUAAUAGGACCUCUAUGGAGCUAACAUGGUGGCCAUAGAAUGUUGAAGUGUCAUGUAAAUUCAUCAUAAUUCAGAAACUGCAGCGGCCCAACUCUCUAAAUACAGUGGGGGAAAAAAGUAUUUAGUCAGCCACCAAUUGUGCAAGUUCUCCCACUUAAAAAGAUGAGAGAGGCCUGUAAUUUUCAUCAUAGAUACACGUCAACUAUGACAGACAAAUUGAGAUUUUUUUUUCCAGAAAAUCACAUUGUAGGAUUUUUUAUGAAUUUAUUUGCAAAUUAUGGUGGAAAAUAAGUAUUUGGUCACCUACAAACAAGCAAGAUUUCUGGCUCUCACAGACCUGUAACUUCUUCUUUAAGAGGCUCCUCUGUCCUCCACUCGUUACCUGUAUUAAGGGCACCUGUUUGAACUUGUUAUCGGUAUAAAAGACACCUGUCCACAACCUCAAACAGUCACACUCCAAACUACACUAUGGCCAAGACCAAAGAGCUGUCAAAGGACACCAGAAACAAAAUUGUAGACCUGCACCAGGCUGGGAAGACUGAAUCUGCAAUAGGUAAGCAGCUUGGUUUGAAGAAAUCAACUGUGGGAGCAAUUAUUAGGAAAUGGAAGACAUACAAGACCACUGAUAAUCUCCCUCGAUCUGGGGCUCCACGCAAGAUCUCACCCCGUGGGGUCAAAAUGAUCACAAGAACGGUGAACAAAAAUCCCAGAACCACACGGGGGACCUAGUGAAUGACCUGCAGAGAGCUGGGACCAAAGUAACAAAGCCUACCAUCAGUAACACACUACGCCGCCAGGGACUCAAAUCCUGCAGUGCCAGACGUGUCCCCCUGCUUAAGCCAGUACAUGUCCGUCUGAAGUUUGCUAGAGUGCAUUUGGAUGAUCCAGAAGAGGAUUGGGAGAAUGUCAUAUGGUCAGAUGAAACCAAAAUAGAACUUUUUGGUAAAAACUCAACUCGUCGUGUUUGGAGGACAAAGAAUGCUGAGUUGCAUCCAAAGAACACCAUACCUACUGUGAAGCAUGGGGGUGGAAACAUCAUGCUUUGGGGCUGUUUUUCUGCAAAGGGACCAGGACGACUGAUCCGUGUAAAGGAAAGAAUGAAUGGGCCAUGUAUUGUGAGAUUUUGAGUGAAAACCUCCUUCCAUCAGCAAGGGCAUUGAAGAUGAAACGUGGCUGGGUCUUUCAGCAUGACAAUGAUCCCAAACACACCGCCCGGGCAGCGAAGGAGUGGCUUCGUAAGAAGCAUUUCAAGGUCCUGGAGUGGCCUAGCCAGUCUCCAGAUCUCAACCCCAUAGAAAAUCUUUGGAGGGAGUUGAAAGUCUGUGUUGCACAGCGACAGCCCCAAAACAUCACUGCUCUAGAGGAGAUCUGCAUGGAGGAAUGGGCCAAAAUACCAGCAACAGUGUGUGAAAACCUUGUGAAGACUUAGAGAAAACGUUUGACCUGUGUCAUUGCUAACAAAUGGUAUAUAACAAAGUAUUGAGAAACUUUUGUUAUUGAACAAAUACUUAUUUUCCGCCAUAAUUUGCAAAUAAAUUCAUUUAAAAUCCUACAAUGUGAUUUUCUGGAUUUUUUUUCCUCAUUUUGUCUGUCAUAGUUGACGUGUACCUAUGAUGAAAAUUACAGGCCUCUCUCAUCUUUUUAAGUGGGAGAACUUGCACAAUUGGUGGCUGACUAAAUACUUUUUUGCCCCACUGUACAUGGCUCUGCAUUAGGGUUGAAUACCAGGAAACGAGGUUACCGAGAUAUCCCGCCCCAAACCCACUCCCUUUUCCUGGGGUAAAUAACUGAGAAACCGGUAAAUUAUAAUAAAUUAUUUAUAUGAACAGCAUGACGUGAAAUGGAACUGUUAAAUUAAAUGAGAUGUCUAAAUAUGGCUUCUCUAUGGCCUUCUCUCUGCUGUCUGCAUGAUCAAUCAUCAACGCUCAGGGUGGGGACAGACAGCGCAUCUCAGUAGGAGCACAGUUCACAAUGCAUGUAUCAUCUCAUCAUGGUAACUUUUUUUCUUGUGAAAGGUAGGCCUACAUUUGCUGCAGUGUAGCCUAUGCUACAGUAAUAUAAGGACUGAAUGCGCAUCUAAUUUACACAUCUCCAUCUGGCUUUCGGGGCCACCCAAUUUUUCAGUGGACGCUCUCGCAGUCUUUCUCUCUCUCCAUCAAUUCCAUUCAAAUUGCAUCCAAAAUAGAUCAUACUUUUCAUAUAGAUGUCCUAUCCUACCCCUUUCAGGUAAUACAUUCAAUGCAGUAUUAGCAAUAUAUCUAAUGAAUGAUGGGUUGUGCAUGGGCCUAUGUGGCCUCUGUCUCUUGUGCAAUACGCACCUGUGCACCGCUGGCCUUAAAAAAUGCUCCUUAGCUCGUAGAGUCCCACAAAAAGCUAGACUAGAAAAACAUUUCUUAUAGCCUACUAAUAGACAAUUCGAAGAGGGAUGCAAGCUCUUGUUUGCUGAAUGUUAAAUACAGCAGCCAAUAGAACUCACGGGGAGAAGAGAGAAUACGUCAUGGCGGUAGACUAUAUCAGUUAUUUAUUUACACCCGUAACCCAUAACCAUUCAAUCUUCGUGAAGAGAAGUGAAAGCUGUCUGCAUCUUAUUCUAGUCCUACAUUAUUCAAGCAUGUCAUUACAAUGAAGAUAAGGACAACAAAACGUAUUUCAUUUAACUGUUGAAAGCAAGGAAGGAAUGAAGCAACAAUAGAUAGAGAAAGAGGAAGUAGGCUAAUACCCAUGUCGCACAACAUUAGGGGAAAUAUUAUGAAAGAUAGCCUACAUAUGCGUCAGCCUAUUAAUUAUACAAAUGUAAAUUAGGCCCUGUUAUAUUUCCAAAUUCAAUCAAAUUUGCUAGCCUAUAAUUGUAACUUUGUAGGCCACAUGUCCUGCACCAUCUUUGCAUGUUCUCUCUCAGCUUGAUGGUUUGAACGAGGUGCGUAAUUUCAGUCAUAUAAUACAGUAUAAUACAAUACAGUACAGUAAUACAGUUCACCCUCAAAAAGAUUAGCCUACUGGAGCUUGUAUCAUUUAUUUACCCAAGAGAGUAUAUAGCUAGCUACAUCUAUGGCCUUUUAUGUUUUUCUAUCGUAAUGUGCGGUAGCCUAUAUACAGUGGGGAAAAAAAGUAUUUAGUCAGCCACCAAUUGUGCAAGUUCUCCCACUUAAAAAGAUGAGGGAGGCCUGUAAUUUUCAUCAUAGGUACACUUCAACUAUGACAGACAAAUUGAGAAUUUCUUUUCCAGAAAAUCACAUUGUAGGAUUUUUAAUGAAUUUAUUUGCAAAUUAUGGUGGAAAAUAAGUAUUUGGUCACCUACAAACAAGCAAGAUUUCUGGCACUCACAGACCUGUAACUUAUUCUUUAAGAGGCUCCUCUGUCCUCCACUCGUUACCUGUAUUAAUGGCACCUGUUUGAACUUGUUAUCAGUAUAAAAGACACCUGUCCACAACCUCAAACAGUCACACUCCAAACUCCACUAUGGCCAAGACCAAAGAGCUGUCAAAGGACACCAGAAACAAAAUUGUAGACCUGCACCAGGCUGGGAAGACUGAAUCUGCAAUAGGUAAGCAGCUUGGUUUGAAGAAAUCAACUGUGGGAGCAAUUAUUAGGAAAUGGAAGACAUACAAGACCACUGAUAAUCUCCCUCAAUAUGGGGCUCCACGCAAGAUCUCACCCUGUGGGGUCAAAAUGAUCACAAGAACGGUGAGCAAAAAUCCCAGAACCACACGGGGGGACCUAGUGAAUGACCUGCAGAGAGCUGGGACCAAAGUAACAAAGCCUACCAUCAGUAACACACUACGCCGCCAGGGACUCAAAUCAUGCAGUGCCAGACGUGUCCCCCUGCUUAAGCCAGUACAUGUCCAGGCCCGUCUGAAGUUUGCUAGAGUUGCAUUUGGAUGAUCCAGAAGAGGAUUGGGAGAAUGUCAUAUGGUCAGAUGAAACCAAAAUAGAACUUUUUGGUAAAAACUCAACUCGUCGUGUUUGGAGGACAAAGAAUGCUGAGUUGCAUCCAAAGAACACCAUACCUACUGUGAAGCAUGGGGGUGGAAACAUCAUGCUUUGGGGCUGUUUUUCUGCAAAGGGACUAGGACGACUGAUCCGUGUAAAGGAAAGAAUGAAUGGGGCCAUGUAUUGUGAGAUUUUGAGUGAAAACCUCCUUCCAUCAGCAAGGGCAUUGAAGAUGAAACGUGGCUGGGUCUUUCAGCAUGACAAUGAUCCCAAACACACCGCCCGGGCAACGAAGGAGUGGCUUCGUAAGAAGCAUUUCAAGGUCCUGGAGUGGCCUAGCCAGUCUCCAGAUCUCAACCCAUAGAAAAUCUUUGGAGGAAGUUGAAAGUCCGUGUUGCCCAGUGACAGCCCCAAAACAUCACUGCUCUAGAGGAGAUCUGCAUGGAGGAAUGGGCCAAAAUACCAGCAACAGUGUGUGAAAACCUUGUGAAGACUUACAGAAAACGUUUGACCUGUGUCAUUGCCAACAAAGGGUAUAUAACAAAGUAUUGAGAAAGUUUUGUUAUUGACCAAAUGCUUAUUUUCCACCAUAAUUUGCAAAUAAAUUCAUAAAAAAUCAUACAAUGUGAUUUUCUGGAGAAAAAAAAAUCUCAUUUUGUCUGACAUAGUUGACGUGUACCUAUGAUGAAAAUUACAGGCCUCUCUCAUCUUUUUAAGUGGGAGAACUUGCACAAUUGGUGGCUGACUAAAUACUUUUUUCCCCACUGUAUAAUAGGCUACGUAGGCCUAUUGGAUAAUGGCACAAUCAUUUGGGCUUUUUUGGGCUAGGGCUCAUAAAAUGUCUUCAAUGUAUCGCUCGUCAAGCUCAGGUAGCAUCAGGCUUAAAGCUUUAUAUGCUUUAGAAUGACACUUCCGGUUUUGGUGGGAAAUAUUUGGUUACCUGCGAGAAGAGUGAUUUAUUCUUAGGAUGGAACAUUUGUAAAAUACUGAGAAAAUAUUCAACCCUACUCUGCAUGUCCCUAACAGGCAUGUCUGACAAAGGGAUGUUGAAUGCACUACACUGCAGGUUUGUUGGUUUAUGUGUACUGCAAAACCUUUUACUUUGAAACGUGCUUUAUGACCUUGACAUUGCACCCAUAUAAUUACUGCUGUACAAAUAUUGUGGUGCCAUAGCCUCGGGGGUGCUAACAAAGGUGAUUAAGCAAAACCUAAUUCUGCCUCCAAAUGGCUCGUUAUGCUUUUGACAAACAAUAUAAUGCUCAAAAUUGGGUUGUAAUGAGUGACCUCACUCUCUCUCUCACUCUCAUUCUCCUACCCCAGGUCAUCGAGUGUAUUACGCAAGGACGGGUUUUGGAGAGGCCACGAGCUUGUCCCAAGGAGGUGUAUGACAUCAUGUUGGGUUGCUGGCAGAGGGAGCCCCAGCAGAGGCUGAACAUUAAGGACAUCCAGAAAAUCCUCUAUGCCUUGGGCAAAGCCACGCCUGUCUACCUGGACAUCCUGGGC